AACUUUUGUGAUUAGGUGCGAAAUCAAGUGAAACGACACGGCUCUAUAGGCCCCGUCUCCGAUUAACCUAAUCCUCUGCUGCUAUAUCUUCCACUGACUCUGGUUCGGCCAUAUUUGUGUGAGACAUCCUUAAAAGAGUGUUAGACCUGGUCGGGAUGACAACAGGCUUGAAUAUGAACCGGUUCCCCGAAGAAGCAGCAUCGCCCGCGAGCAGUCCCUCGAUGGAGGAUCAAGAGAGCGGCCGCAACGUGCUACCGAGGAGUAGAGAUUGUUCGACGCUUAAGGACUUCAUCCUCGGUCGUUCUCCUCAAGGGACGACGCUUAACACUGCUCGCAUGGUUCUAGCGGAGGCUGUGGGAACUUUUAUCCUGAUGUACUGCAUAUCGGCCAUAGUAUCGAUCACACAGCUGCUAAAAGGUGAAGUCGGCCUAAUGGGGUACGCCGCCACGGCUGGGAUGACCAUAGUCGUCGUUAUAUUUUCUCUAGGGCCCAUCUCUGAUGCUCAUAUUAAUCCAGCCAUAACGAUCGCCUUUGCCAUCUACGGUCACUUCCCAUGGUCCAGAGUUCCACUCUACAUAAUUGCUCAGAUGACAGGUUCGGUAUUAGCGACUUAUGUCGGAGCAUUGGUCUACGGCGUCGAAUCGAGUCUCAUGAUCACACGGCCUCUUGGAGGCCCCGCUUCCGCCUUCUGGGUGGAAUUCUUGGCGACAUUCAUCAUGGUCUUCCUGAUCGCAGGAUUGACUUACAAUCAUCGAUCCGUGGGCCAGCUAUCCGGAUUUGUCAUGGGAACAGGCAUUGGACUCGCCGUAGUGAUCGCGGGGCCGGUAUCGGGAGCAUCAAUGAACCCUGCAAGAUCGUUAGGACCUGCGAUUGUCAGUUGGGAUUUCGAGUCCAUCUGGAUAUACAUCACUGCCCCGGUUACAGGGUCCAUCGUGGGCGGUUUUGUGUAUCGCCUUCUUCGCCUUCAAGGCCAGGUUUCCAGCUCUGCUGCGUCUUCUCCCAAUGCCAGUUUGCUGAUCUACUCUCAGGAAGCCCUUUGAUGGAUCAGUGGAGAGGAGGAGGAUACAGCGGACACCGUAAUUGUAAAUUAGUUAUAAACUAGGUUAAGGGUUGUCCGAAUAAAGGACAUUCAGUUAUAUCCGUUGCCUGUCGGGUGCUAUAAGAGUAGAUACAGUUACAAUUCAACCGUAAUUAUGCUGGACGA